AUAAUUGCAUAGAUCAUUAUAACAGCCAAAAUGUGGAGUAGAAUUCAGGACCAGGGCUAGAUCUAGGUCCGGGUCCUCCUAGAAUGGCUGUUAAUGGCCUCCCAUCACCCAUCAGCCAUCAGCCAGGCAUCCGCCUCAUCAAAGUCUGACAGCCAACCGCAUUCCCAUUCCCUUCCCACCGUGAGAUCCACCUAACCCCCUACCCGCUGCCCCACCCUACCUUUCCUCACUUCAUUUGAAGCUUUCCGGUUUCCCCAUUUCCCAGUUGCAAUUAAAAAUUGACAGAGCUUCACCACUCACCACCACCCUACCCACCCUGCCCUGCCCUUCCCAUGACCAUCCAUACGUGAUCAAUAUUCCAGGCCCAUUUCCAUCUUCAUGGAAUUUCCGUCAGUAAGAAGCAUACAUUGACGAAUUCACUUAUGGGGCGGCCAUACCAAAUUUCCCAAUUGAUUGCCCCACCAUCUCUUGACUAACACUCAAUUGCUUCCCCCCCUACACACACAGAGACAUAUAUAUAUAUAUAUACGGUUUAUUAAUACUGUUAUAUAUAGUCACUGCCCUACCUUCCUACUCUUCUCCUACAACGUCAGAAGUAUUCGUAUUGAUUUCUCUUGUUUAUAACAGAAGAGGGUCAUAGAUAGGAGCUGCCAUGGCGUCUGGACAGCUUUUCUCCAAAACCACUCAAGCAUUGUUUUACAAUUACAAGCAACUGCCAAUUCAACGGAUGCUUGAUUUUGAUUUUCUCUGUGGCAGAGAAACACCAUCUGUUGCUGGAAUUAUAAGUCCUGGUUCUGAAGGAUUUCAGAAACUAUUUUUUGGCCAGGAAGAAAUAGCCAUCCCUGUCCAUUCUACUAUUGAAGCUGCUUGUGCUGCACAUCCUACAGCUGAUGUGUUCAUUAACUUUGCAUCCUUUAGGAGUGCUGCAGCUUCGUCCAUGUCCGCUCUCAAGCAGGCAACUAUUAAAGUUGUCGCCAUUAUAGCUGAAGGUGUCCCCGAGUUAGACACCAAGCAGCUGAUUGCAUAUGCAAAAUCAAACAACAAGGUUGUCAUUGGUCCAGCUACCGUUGGAGGUAUUCAAGCUGGUGCAUUUAAGAUUGGUGAUACUGCUGGAACGCUUGAUAAUAUAAUUCACUGCAAACUGUACAGGCCUGGAUCUGUUGGCUUUGUCUCUAAAUCUGGUGGUAUGUCUAAUGAAAUGUACAACACAAUUGCUCGUGUUUCUGACGGAAUCUAUGAAGGUAUUGCAAUAGGAGGAGAUGUGUUUCCUGGGUCAACACUGUCUGAUCAUGUCCUCCGCUUUAACAACAUCCCUCAGCGAAGGAGAAUGACGCUAACAAAUACGCAACGCAUUGAAGCUUUGGAGGGAGCCCUGGAGGAACUUCGAACAGGCGUGGAAGCACAACAAGAAGGAUUGUCGCGCCUCGAAUCGAAGGUGGAUCGACAAGUGGAUACUCUGAAAACAGAACUAUCAGCAGCUAUGCGCAAUACGAUUCUUGGGCUGUUCCCACGUGGGCCGCCCGCCACACCUAUUAAGGGCUCCAAGGCGCAGGGAGCUAUGGCGGGAGAAGGAGAGGCAACGGAUUCGUCGACGAGGGCUGCCGGCAUCAGCGGGGCAGCACGUUUGUUUAAGGAUGUUGGAGGAACAUGGACUGCUCCGACAACUGAUUUUAAGCUUAAGGAUGUGCAACUCCCUAGCUUUGAUGGCCAUGGCCCCUUGGAUUGGGUUGCUAGGGCCGAACAACACUUCGUAUUACACGGAGUUCCCGAGGAGAUUAAGGUGAGUCUUGCGCGAGUGUCGAUGGAAGAUGUGGCGCUGCAUUGGUCCCAUUGGCAUAUGAUGAAGCAUGCUUCUGCCUCCUGGAUCGAAUUCUCACAGGCAUUGGUCACUAGGUUUGACGAUCGCGAGUGUCAAGGGAAAUGGCUUUGUUACAAGUGCAAACAACCCUAUAGUCCACUCCACAAAUGCGAAAGUAAAUAUGUUAAUGUUGUGGUGAAGGAUGAUUUAGGCAACUGGGUUGCGGAGUUAAGAGAGAUGAGAGAUGGCGAAUUUACUGAGGAGGCGGAACCUACCAUGCAAGUGCUUCCUUUAUACGCCUUGGCUGGAUUUUCAGGACCCCGAACCAUGCGUCUCCGUGGUAAUCUUCUUGGAUUUAGGGUAACGGUACUAAUCGACAGCGGUGCAAGCCAUAAUUUUAUUUCCCAAAAAUUGGUUCUACAUGCCAAAUUGAACGUAGACACCACACAGGAAUUCAACGUGGUAUUAGGCGAUGGUCGCAAGGUGGCAAGUACGGGAGUAUGCUCGAAAUUGAGUAUACAGAUCGAUGGAGCAGAAGUGCAGGCAGACUGUCACGUAUUUUCUCUUUGUGGGGUGGAUAUAAUAUUUGGUGUCGUAUGGCUCAGGACAUUAGGAAAAAUUCAGAUGGAUUGGGAAGCCUUGGAGAUGCAGUACUACUCGGCGGGGCAGCAAGUGACCUUGCGCAGCGAUCCAGGGCUGUAUCAGGGCCCAAAAACUAUUUAGAACUUGCUGGAUAUUACAGAGGUGGAAUUCAGCGCCUUACUUUUACAUUCAGACAUCGAGAAUUACCACAACAGCCCUGAGAAAGGGCCUGCAAUGCUGCCGGAAAUUGCGCAGAUUCUUGAUGAAUUCCCCAAGGUGUUUGCAGAACCGAAUGAGUUGCCACCGACUCGCCGUAGCGACCACCGCAUUCCAUUGAAACCUGGAGUAGUACCGGCAUCUGUACGCCCCUACAGGUACGGACAGAUCGAAAAAGAUGAGAUUUAAUGUUUGGUACACGAUAUGCUUGUUGCAGGAAUCAUCCGUCCCAGCACUAGCCCUUUUUCAAGCCCCGUUUUACUGGUAAAAAAAAAAGAUGGGAGUUGGAGGUUUUGCGUUGACUACCGAGAGCUCAACAAAUCCACCGUUGCCGACAAAUACCCAAUCCCGGUGAUUCAAGAGAUGUUAGAUGAGCUUUCCGGUGCAACAAUGUUUUCUAAAAUUGAUCUUCGCUCAGGCUAUCACCAAAUUCGAGUGGCCCGGAGGAUGUGCAUAAAACUAUUUUUCGGACUCACAGCGGGCACUAUGAAUUUUUAGUCAUGCCAUUUGGACUGACCAAUGCUCUUACCACUUUCCAGGCAACCAUGAACGAUCUCUUUCGACCUUAUUUGCGUAAAUAUAUUUUGGUAUUCUUUGAUGACAUACUAAUCUAUAGUCCAGGUUUAGAGAAGCACUUGCAGCACUUAAAUAAAACACUUCAGUUACUGCAAGAGAGUCGUUUUGUGGCAAAUUACAAGAAGUGCACAUUUGGCAGCCUAAAGGUGGAAUAUUUGGGGUAUAUUAUCUCUUCCGAUGGAGUCUCCAUGGACCUGGCUAAGAUACAGGUUGUUCGGGACUGGGAAAUUCCGCGUUCGACUAAGGCCGUUUGUGGUUUUCUAGGGUUGUCUAGCUAUUAUCGACGGUUUGUGCAACACUAUGGUAGCAUCACUCGCCCAUUGACUGAUCUCCUGCGUAAGGAAGCUGUAGAAAAGAAGUUUUCUUGGCCACCAUCAGCACAGGCUGCCUUCGAUAAAUUAAAGAGGCCCUUAUCACAGCUCCUUAUCACAGCUCCUGUGCUUGCAAUGCCGAAUUUUAACAAAUCAUUCAUCGUAGAGUGUGAUGCCUUUGGCUCCGGCAUAGGUGCGGUACUUAUGCAAGUGCAUAGGCCUAUAGCUUAUUUCAGUAAGGCGCUGGGAGAUAGAGCUCGGGGGAAAUCAGCCUAUGAACGAUAAUUGAUGAGUUUAGUGCUUUCCAUACAACAUUGGCGUCCAUAUCUGAUUGGCCGCCAUUUCACGGUGCAUACGGAUCAUCAUAGUUUGCGCCAUCUACUCUCUCAGAAGAUUGGUACUCCCGCUCAGCAGUCUUGGAUAGCCAAACUUCUCGGGUAUUCCUUCGAUGUGGUUUAUAAACCAGGUCGUAUCAAUGCUGCUGCUGAUUCCCUUUCCCGCCGGCAUGAGCUUUUAUUGUUGUCUCCUGAUCAGGUGUAGAGGCUGGCUCCCACCGAAACAGCUCAGUUUUCUGCGAUUUCUUCGCUGCACUGGCCGGCUGCAGAUGAGCUUAUGGCCGAGCAAAAAUCUGACCCGGCAUUGCAGGUGAUUAUCCAAGAUCUUAUCUCAGGGAACAAAUCGCAUCCUUAUUAUUAAUAUAUCGACAAGGAAAUUUAUUGUAUCGGGGGCGCAACCUCCCCAAGGAUAGAAAAAUUGUUGGAGGAAUUUCAUGACACCCCACUUAGUGGUCACGUGGGAGUACACCGCACCUACCGAGGAUUGGCGGCUUCUAUGUAUUGAGCAGGAAUGUAUCGCCGAGUUCAUGAAUGUGUUGAACAAUGUCUCACUUGCCAGAAGGCUAAAUACGAGACGCUUUCUCCUGGAGGACUUUUGCAGCCCCUUCUUAUCCCGGAGAGAGUUUGGGAAGAUUUAGCAAUGGAUUUCAUCAAUGGCCUUCCUCAAUCUUUGGGAUUCUCUUUUGUCUUGGUAGUCGUCAACCAACUCAGUAAAUAUGGGCACUUUAUUGCACUACGGCGCCAUUACACUGCCACCUCCAUUGCUGAGAUCUUUGUCAAGGAGAUAGUUCGUCUACAUAGAAUACCGCGUACAAUAGUGAGCGAUCGCGACUGAGUUUUUAUGAGUUCCUUAUGGCAAGAGAUGUUUCGUUUACAGGGCACAAAAUUACUUUUCAGCUCGGCGUACCACCCGGAAACUGACGGCCAAACUGAAGUCUUGAACCGCACACUAGAGACAUACCUUCGUUGUUUUUGCUCAGAACAGCCCCGAAAAUGAGCAGCCUGCCUUCCAUGGGCUGAGUUAUGGUACAACACCUCCUUCACACUGCCGCUGCCAUUACGCCCUUCUCAACCGUCUAUGUCCGACCGCCACCCACACUGCAUAGCUUCUUGCCAAAGGAAUGCCGAGUUGCUGCAGCUUCAAAGUUACUUGGCGGCCGCGAGGCAGUUUUGCGACAGUUGAAACACCACUUGGAGCGUGCUCAACAUCGCAUGGUGCGUACAGCUAAUGCCCAUCGCCGUGAGCUCACCUUCCAGGUUGAUGACUUGGUAUUCUUGAAGGUCAGACCCUAUCGCCAAAGCAGCUUGUGCCAGGGCACCCAUCACAAGCUCAUACCCAAAUUUUAUGGACCAUUCCGCGUCCUUCACUGCGUAGGAAAGGUCGUAUAUAAGCUGGAUUUUUCAGCCACUAGUCGUAUCCAUCCUGUGUUUCAUGUAUCUCAACUUCGUCGAGUGAUAGGCGAUCACCCAGUCGAGCCUCAUUUACCCGACAGCCUAGAGGUCGAGCAGCUGCCUGUUUAUGAUCCUGAAGCUGUUUUGGACAGACGUCCUGCUAGCCUUUCCAACAUCUGGUCUACGAAUGGGAGAGGGAAAUGAUCUUUCCGAGUUGCUUCAUUUAGCUUUCGGUAGUCAAUACACACUCUCCACCCCGUGACAGUUCGUCUUGGAAUUUUCUCGUCUUGACUGAUCAAACAUGCCGGAAGUAUUGUUCCUGAAGUCUUGAUUCAGUGGCGCGGUCUUCAUCUGGAUGAUGCAACUUGAAUCGACAAGGAACAGUUUUGUGCCCAGUUGCCAACUUCCUGCCCGAGGACAUGCCUGAGGACAAGGCAGUUCUUAAGAGAGAUGCAAUUGAUAUGUGGUUGGCGCAGCCAAAAGUUUAUUCACGACGAGGGAGGAAAGAGCAAGUGCGCUUUGGGCUAAUUGUGGCAAUGGCCUGAAGCCUGAGUUUAUUAUUAAUUACCCUAGUUCUUUAUUUUAUUACUUGAUUGUUUUAAAUAAAUUGUUAGGUUGGUCGGGCCUAGACCCAUAGUCGUUUUGCCCUAGUAUUUAAGUAUUAUUUUUAAACAUUAUUAGCAUUCUGAUUUUUCUUCAGUUUCACGGCUUCGGCUUGGGCGGGAAGAAAUCUUCCUUGGUUAUCAAUAAAGUUUAGUCUUUUGGUUCUCUUAAGUUCUAGUGGCAUCAGAUGACAAGAAAAUGUUUAUAAAUUCACCUGCUUGCGUGAAAUCUGGAUGACAAGAAGCUACUGUUAACAUCAUCAAUGAAUUAUUUUCUAGCUUGUUAAUCACUUUGUAAGAAAAACUUGUGGCUCAGUGAUGAACUUGGUACUCAUGUGGAUACUGCUCCUGACUUUUGGUUCUGGAAAAUGAAGAACGCACGUACAAUGCUG